ACAAAAACAAUAGCAGAAUACAUCUGAUAAUCAGCUCAUCAGCCUCUUGCAUUAAAUAUAUAAAAUUGUUGUCACUAAAGAUUCAUAGUGCGCUUCCAAACCUAACCUGUGAGUUACAUGUUUCUGACUGAAUGAGAAAAUGGAACCCAUAACUCCACCAAAGGCAAAGGCAUCAUGUUCAGAGACCAAGGUAAAAAGUAACAGCUGAUCUAAACGUGAACAUUACCAUGAUGAGAAAUGAGACGCAAAUUUAGUUUAAAAUGUUGUGUAUCAUGUCUGCUUGCCAUUUUUUCAUUUUCAUUUUUCAUUCUUAUCUACUCAACGAUUAAUAACAUUGACAAUUAUCCACCAGAACAGAAUAGACAGCAUUUUAUUCCAAGGAAAUCUCCAUUUGUGAAAGUAGCACAGAAAGGUACAAACAAUGAUAACUCAGAAUGUAAUGACCUGAAAGAUGAACAUAAUGAGAAAGUGGAACUACAUUAUGACAUUUCUACUUUGAAUAUGCUGGGUUUCAUUGAAACACCUGAAGAUCAAAUUAUAAGAGAUGACGGUUAUAGAUCCCAUGCAUUUAAUGUUUUAAUCAGUGAUAGACUUGGUUACCAUAGAGCUUUACCAGACAACAGACAUCCAAAUUGUCAGAGUAAGAUCUACUCCACAAAGCUUCCCAGAGCAAGUGUUAUUAUAUGUUUCUACAAUGAAGCCCCUUCAGCAUUGCUACGUACAGUCCACAGUGUGCUAGACCGUACACCAGCUUAUUUGUUACAAGAGAUUUUAUUGGUUGAUGAUAACAGUGACCUUGACAACCUGUCAUGUCGGAUAGAAGCCUAUGUGAAAAACAAAUUACAUAAAGUAAGAUACAUGAGGACUGCCACAAGACAAGGACUUAUCAGGGCAAGGAUGUAUGGGGCUAAUCAGGCAGAAGGGGAGGUUUUAGUAUUCCUUGACAGCCACUGUGAAGUGAAUACAGAUUGGCUCCAGCCUUUACUUACUAGAAUCGUUGAGGACCGUGUCAAUGUGGUGGUACCAGUAAUUGAUAUUGUUAAUGCUGACACCAUGGAGCUUCAGACUUCACCACUGGUUGUUGGAGGGUUUAACUGGGGACUACAUUUUAGAUGGGACCAGCUACCUGUACAUGUUAGAGAUAACCCUGAUGUAGCCUCAAAUCCUGUAAAGUCCCCCACAAUGGCUGGUGGAUUAUUUGCUAUGGACAGAAGCUACUACUUUGAACUUGGUGAAUAUGAUUCUGGAAUGGACAUCUGGGGUGGAGAGAACUUAGAACUAUCUUUCAGGAUCUGGCAGUGUGGAGGGAGGUUGGAGAUCAUACCUUGCUCCCAUGUUGGACAUAUUUUUAGGAAGCGUCGCCCCUAUGGAUCUUAUGGUGAAGGUGAUACAAUGUUGAAAAACUCUCUGAGAGUGGCCAAUGUUUGGAUGGACGACUAUAAGAAAUAUUUUUAUAAACAGAGACAACAGCCUACAGAUGUGUCUUAUGGGGAUAUUUCAGACAGAGUGGCAUUAAGGAAAAGACUUCAUUGUAAAUCAUUUGAAUGGUAUCUCAAUAAUGUAUAUCCUGAACAGGUUUUACCAAACUCAGAAGGGAUGGCUCCUGCUGUAAUACAUCCGCCAGAGAAAAGACUCAGGACAAAAGUGCUACGGAAAGGACAGAUUGUACAUACAACCUCAGGUCUUUGUGUUCAAGGGGAGAAAGACAUAUAUGCUAAAAGAUCGAUGUUAAUUCUCCAACAUUGUGGGCAGGCUGGCAAAGAGAAGAAAUAUCAGGUAUGGCAUGAAACAGUUGACAGUGAACUAAUCCUAGCCUCUGUGCUAUGUUUAGAUGUAGAGUCCAAGGAACAGGGGCAUUCUUUUGCCAGAUUAAUGAAGUGCCAUGGUUCUAAAGGAUCUCAAGCAUGGGUCUGGACAAAGAAGAGUGGAGUGUCUUUGCUGUACAAUCCUGCGACAGGAAAAUGUCUGAAGGCAACUAACAAAAGUAAACGUAUCUACCUUACAUUAGAUAUAUGUCAAGACAACACAGAUAUGGCAUUUGAAAUGUCAGUUGAGUAGCCUACAACACAGAUAUGGCAUUUGAAAUGUCAGUUGAGUAGCCUACAACACAGAUAUGGCAUUUGAAAUGUCAGUUGAGUAGCCUACAACACAGAUAUGGCAUUUGAAAUGUCAGUUGAGUAGCCUACAAAACAGAUAUGGCAUUUGAAAUGUCAGUUGAGUAGCCUACAACACAGAUAUGGCAUUUGAAAUGUCAGUUGAGUAGCCUACAACACAGAUAUGGCAUUUGAAAUGUCAGUUGAGUAGCCUACAAAACAGAUAUGGCAUUUGAAAUGUCAGUUGAGUAGCCUACAAAACAGAUACAGUAUUUGAAAUGUCAGUU